CCUUGCCUUGAGCAUUUCCAUAGAAAUCCGCCUUCAAGGGUGCAGCCCAAAGAACCACCACCCUUUUUCCCAUCAAUCAGAUCCAUCAUUUUACCUGGUGGUUCUACCUGGUGUCGAUACAUGGCACAAUGUACACAACCCACCUCCAUGCACCACGCCGUUCUGCGCUGGCUCAACGAGCUGCCCGACUGUGCCGACGUUGACGCCCAAGCCGACCCCUCUCGCGACCUCCACAAGCGACGGAGAACCGACCAAGACGAAGACCAGCAGCACUCGCAGCGAGACGGUUCUGCCAAAAGGAGGCGAGGCCCUUGUGGCACCAAUCUCCGCACACCACCGCAGUCUCGCUCUGUUUCGGGGCCUUUAUGGGCUGAACGACAAAUGGACCACGACCAGGACAACAACGCCCACCGCGAGGCAACAACGCCCCCAGACGCGGACCCAUCGAGCCAUGGCGCCGUUGCCACCGACGACACCCCGCGGGCCAGCCUCGCCGAUCGGCCACGGCAUCGCCAAGUCGUCCGUCACAUGUCCGCAUCACGCUCGUCACGCCGCGGCUCGUCAGCCUCCUCGGUCGGCAGGGAGAGCUCGGGCAACCGUAGCGAGGCCACGGGCAGCAGCGGCCGCCCGUCGGCGGUGGCCGGCGCCAAGAGGAAGAGAACCAUGGAGUUGGCGCCAGACCAAGUUAGGAUCGAGGAUUUGGACACAGGCUUGGCGGGAAUGGUGCCGCCGCGCCUCCGCGAGCUGGAGGCUGCCUUCCGGAAAAGCCGCCACGAGGGCUUCGUAUCGUCGUCUCGCCGCGCAGAGAUGCAAGCCGCCGGGGUCCCCGACAUGUUCGAGGCCGGGUUUUUCACCGCCCCGCUCGAUCAUCAAGGCCGGCUCGAAACCCAGGAAUCGCCAAGCCUGGUCGACGUCCUGGCCUUAUGGACGAAGGCGAAAAAAUGUUUCCUGUCUGGCUGGGACGAGGCCGGCUGGAACAUGGCCGUGCACUAUCCUUUGUUGUGUCUGGCCCUUCCCGACGGCGGCCAGCUCGAGGUAACGCCAUGCACUACCGCGUCAAUCCAACCUCGCUUCGUACUCCCGCCCGUAUCGCCAUCUCGCGUCGAUUUUUGCAUUGCCGUAAACCCGCACUGGCCCAACCACCAUCUUGUCAAAACCCCUGCUUCACGCGCCGUCGCCGAGGUCUGCUGGGAUCUCCCGGGACAAAGCAUCAACCAUACCAACAACUACAAACCCCUGGCUUCUCGGCCUAUAGCCAUCAGCAUUGAAACUAAACGUCGCGGUGGCUCUGACGAAGACGCCGUUACCCAGCUGGGCAUCUGGCAGGCUGCACAGUGGGAAAUGCUCCAAGAGUUGGUCCAGCCCCGCCACGACAGCACAUCUUCGCUGGCCACUGGGCCAGCAGCCACUGGGCCAGCAGACCCGUUCGCUCCGCCGUCAAAGCAGCCCACGUAUCUGGCCCUCCACGGCUUGGACUUUUUGCCCGCCAUUUACAUUGUAGGGCACGACUGGAAGUUUGCGGCUUUAACCCGCGACGCUGUAGCUCCCGAUGCCCUCCCCCGGAUUCGAUCACAAAGCACACUGUGGACCGGUUGCACCAUAGGCAGCACUUCUUCUGUUGAAGGCAUUUACCGUAUUAUAUGGUGCCUCCGGCGUCUGGCCCGGUAUUCCGUCGAGGAGUUUUGGCCGUGGUACCAGCAGCAUGUUUUGGAAUUGGAUAUCGGGACGUGAAACUAAUGCCGUCGCUGUCUUUUAUUCCUGUUUUUUGUUCCUAUUUUUUAUUCCUGUUUUUUAUUCAUAUUUUUUAUUUCUAUUUUUUAUUUUUAUUUUUUAUUCUUGUCUUUUAUUCCUGUUUUUUAUUCCUGUUUUUUAUUCCUGUUUUUUAUUCCUGUUUAUUCCUAUCUUUUGUUCCUGUCUUUUGGCCGGAAUCAGGGGGGAGGCGGAGGAGACUACUACCAGGACGACCACUCGCAGCA